AUGUAUUUAACAAUCCUUGCAAUUGUUGAAAUAUUAAAAGAAAAGCUUAUUCGUGAGUUUCGAGUUCGCAAGGAUAUUAGAAAAUACUUAAAAAAAGGCGGCGUUUGGCAAGACCAAUCGCUAAACAUAAAAAAUUUAUUCGAAUUAGAUGACAACAGUGAUGAUGCUAAUGGGAAAUUAGCAUCGGAUUCAAUUAUUGAGGAUAGAGUUCCACUAAUAUGGAAUCGAUUGACAUACAGACAAAAGCAGUAUGUUGAUUUUAUGUUAAAUUAUUCUCCAAUCCCGAUCAAGUUAUUUGAUGGGAUGGAUUUCGGAAGUUGGCGACGAUGGAUCCAAGUCAAACGUAGAUGGGAUAGAUCAACUUAUGAAUACCUUCUUGGGUAUAAUGAAGAUGGUGAAGAAGAGAUUGAAUUGGAAGAUUGUUUCAGAAUCCGUGAUAUGUAUGGUGUUCGCAAAAAAAAUAAAGCAAUGUACAUUGGAAAUUCAAAUAUUUAUUUCAACAAAGAUGAAAUUAAUGUUCAAGACAAAGUUUAUCCCAUGACUCAUGGUUUAUUGGAAUUUUUAUUCAAAAAAGAUCCUCAAGAUUCUGUAGUAACGCAGAAUGAUAAGAAAUACUACUUAGAUAUUGUUGAAAGAACGAAUAUGUAUUGGAAAAAUUACAAGCCAGAUACAAAACUGCAACUAAACAAGAUUUAUCAAAUCACGGAAAUUAAGAAAGUCAACACAAAAUAUGGACCAAAAAUUUUGGGAAUUGUGGAAAACGAGUUUUCAAUUUUCUUCCCGAAUCGAACCAACCGGAUGCUCAUUGAUGAUGAAGAGCAGUUAACUUCACUGAUCGAUUUGGCCUCAGCAGGAGAACUUCACUUGAAUUAUUUCGGAACAGCUUAUCACAAGUUUGAAUUUCUUAUUAAACCUUCAUAA